AUGCUUGUGGGUGAUGUCCGUCUCACCCAUGACAUCAAACACAAGAACAUUGUAACUUUUCACGAAUGGUACGAGACCAGCAAUCAUCUCUGGGUGGUGGUGGAGCUGUGCACAGGUGGUUCUUUAGAAACUGUGAUUGCUCAGGACAAGAACCUCCCAGAAGAUGUUGUGAGAGUGUUUGGGGUGGACCUGGUCACAGGCCUGCACCACCUCCACAGGCUGGGCAUCCUCUUCUGUGACCUCUGUCCCGGAAAGAUUCUCUUGGAAGGGCCUGGAACACUGAAGUUCAGCAAUUUCUGCCUGGCUAAGAUGGAAGGGGAGAGUCUGGAGGAGUUCUUUGCGUUGGCAGCAACAGAAGAAGGAAGUGGUGACAGCGGGGAACGUGCACCGAAGAGAAACAUGAAGAGCCGAGCCAGAGGCUCUCCGAUCUAUGCUGCUCCAGAAAUUGUGAAGGGGACUGACUUCUCCGUCCCCAGUGACCUCUGGUCUUUGGGCUGUCUGCUUUAUGAAAUGUUUUCAGGGAAACCCCCGUUCUUCUCAGACAGGGUGUCAGAAUUAGUUGAGAAGACUCUGUAUGAAGACCCGCCGCCACCAAUCCCAAAAGAUUCGUCCUUCCCCAAAGCAUCUUCAGAUUUCACUAACUUGCUGGAUGGAUUGCUGCAAAAGGAUCCUCAGAAAAGGUUAUCCUGGGAAGCAGUCCUGCAGCACCCCUUCUGGAUGGACGCCCUGCGGAGAGAAGACUCCGACUCGGCCUCCGAGGACUCCAGCUUCAGCAGAAAUGUCAUGGAAUGUUCUGGGCCACGUGACUCCAGGGAGCUUCUGCAGAGCCCUCAGAAUGGACACACGAAAGGGCAGAAGGGAGCUCAUCGGCUCAGCCAGUCCUUCAGGCUAGACAACGCGACUGAGCUGAGGCCCAAGAGUGCCAUGGGAGGCCAGCUGAGUGAAUCCAUAUUCCUCCUCAGCUCACGGCCCACUCCAAGGACUAGUGCCAUGGGGGAAUUUAGUCUUGGAGAGGCUCAGGACCCCAGCUCACCACAGAAGACCUCUCCUUUAUCCAAGAUGGCUGGUGGGCACCUGAGCCAGGGGGCCCUGGAGUCCUACAUGAGAGAGCUCAUCUACACAGACUCGGAUCUUGUGAUCACCCCAAUUGUUGACAAUCCCAAGAUAAUGAAGCCGCCUGCAAUCAAGUUUGAUCCAAAAAUCCUGCAUCUACCAGCAUAUUCCGUGGAUAAGUUGCUGGUUCUGAAGGACGCUGACUGGAAUGACUUCCUGCAGCAGGUGUGCUCCCAGAUCGACUCCAGCGAGAAGAGCACCGGGGCGUCGAGGGCCAAGCUGAACCUCCUGUGUUAUCUGUGUGUGGUGGCCACUCACAAGGAGGUGGCCACCAGGCUGCUCCAUUCCCCGCUGUUCCACUUGCUAAUCCAGCAUUUGCGGAUAGCUCCUAACUGGGAUAUACGGUCCAAGGUUGCUCGGGUGCUCGGCGUGCUGGCCUCGCACACAACAGAACUCCAGGAAAACGUGCCUGUCAUUGAGGCGAUCACUCUCUUAACUGAGUUAAUACGGGAGAACUUCAGGAGCAGCAAGCUGAAGCAAUGCCUCCUGCCCACACUUGGGCAGCUUCUCUACCUCGUAGCCACCCAGGAAGAAAAAAAACAGCACUCCAGGGAAUGCUGGGCCGUCCCCCUGGCUGCAUAUACUGUGCUUAUGAGGUGCCUCCGGGAAGGGGAGGAGCGUGUUGUCAAUCACAUGGCCGCGAAGAUUAUUGAGAAUGUUUGCACAACAUUUUCUGCCCAGGCGCAGGGCUUUAUCACUGGGGAGAUCGGGCCUGCCCUGUGGCACCUGUUCAGACACUCCACUGUGGACCCCCUGCGGAUAACAGCGAUGUCGGCCCUGUGUAGAAUCACACGCCAGUCUCCCACCGUCUUCCAGAAUGUCAUCGAGAAGGUGGGACUCAACGCUGUCAUCAGCUGCCUGGCUUCUGCCAUCUGCAAAGUGCAGCAGUAUAUGCUGACCCUGUUCACGGCCAUGCUGUCCUGCGGGAUCCAUCUACAGCGGCUGAUCCAAGAAAAGGACUUCGUGUCUACAGUCAUCCGCUUACUUGACAGUCCAUCCACAGCCAUCAGAGCCAAGGCCUUCCUGGUGCUGCUUUAUGUCCUGAUACAUAACCGGGACAUGCUGUUGCUGAGCUGCCAAGCAAGGCUGGUGAUGUACAUUGAGAGAGACAGCAGGAAGACCUCCCCUGGCAAGGAGCUGCAGAGCGGGAGCGAGUACCUGGCCAGGUGCCUGGAUCUCCUCAUCCAGCACGUGGUGCGGGAGCCGCCGAGGAUCCUGGGCGACAUUAUCAACGCCCUGGCAAAUGUGUCCGGCCGAAAACACCCGUCAACGGUCCAGGGGAAGCAGCUGAAGAUGUGCCUUCCCAUGAUGCCUGUGGUGCUCCACCUGGUCAUGUCUCAGGUGUUCCGAGCUCAUGUGGUGACAGAGGAAUUUCUGUUCAGCUACGGAACCAUUCUUAGUCACAUCACGUCAGUUGACUUGGGAGAAACGAACAUAGACGGAGCCAUAGGCAUGGCGGCAUCGGAGGAGUUCAUCAAGGUCACUCUGUCUGCGUUCGAAGCUGUGAUCCAGUACCCGGUUCUGCUGGCCAACUACCGCGCUACGGUCAUUGACUACAUCCUCCCACCCUUGGUCGCCUUGGUUCAAAGCCAGAAUGUGGAGUGGAGACUCUUCAGCUUGCGGCUGCUCUCAGAGACCACGACCCUGCUGGUGAGUCAGGAGCCGGAGGACGGCGACGAAGAGACCAGCUGUGAUUCCGACAGCAGUCUCCUGGCACUCAUCAAGGGCGAGCUGCUGCCUCAGUACGAGCACAUCCUCACGGAGCCCGACCCAGUUCCGGCCUACGCUCUGAAGCUGCUUGUUGCCAUGACAGAACACAACCCUGCUUUCUCCAGGCUUGUGCAGGAGAGCAAACUGGUCCCGCUCAUUUUUGAAGUAAUUCUGGGGCAUCAGGAAAACAUUCUGGGGAAUACCAUGCAGAGCGUGAUCGCGUUGCUCCACAAUCUGGUUGCCUACAAAGACUCAAACCUGCAGCUGCUUUAUGAGCAAGGACUUGUUGGUCACGUGUGCAACAUGUUCACAGAAACUGCCACGCUGUGCUUGGAUGGGGGCAAUAAAAGCAACACGGAGCCAGCGGCCACACUGCUGGCCUCGCUGCUGGAUAUCCUGCUGGGCAUGCUGACCUUCACUGCGGGAGUAGUGCGGCAGGCUCUGCAGGCUCAGAAGUCAGGCUCCAGAGGAGACACACAGGCUGCAGAGAACCUGCUGCUGUUCAACAAACCACUCACAGACGUCAUCAGCCUGCUUAUCCCACUGCUUCCCAGUGAGGACCCUGAGAUCUCUGAGGCUUCGUCCAAGUGCCUGUCCAUCCUGGUGCAGCUGUAUGGAGGCGAAAACCCCGACAGCCUGUCUCCAGAAAACCUGGCGACCUUUGCCCAUCUCCUGGUGGCCAAGGAGGACCCGAAAGACCAGAAGCUUCUGCUGAGGAUCCUCAGGAGGAUGGUGACCUCCAAUGAGAAGCACCUGGAAAGCCUCAAGGACACGGGUAGUCUCCUGCAGGCCCUGGAACACCUGGCUCCGGCUCACAGCUCACCCGCUGAUACUGUGGUGGCUUCCUUGGCCCUAGAACUUCUCCAGGCUGUUGGGCACUAGACAAGAUCAUCCUGUGACUCCCAUCAGUUCCAACUCGAGGUCAGAUCCCACAUUCCUCCUCCCCACCAGCCUCAAGUGGAGCUAAUAAAACCAAUGG